AUGAUACUAUCACCAGGUGGUAUAUCCCUAGUGCGUGGGAGGUUCUUUUCCACAGGGCGAGUUCUCCAGCAUGACAAUCCCCUGGGACUCCCACGCUCUGGCACACCACCAUCUUUUCCUCGACGGCGUGGACUGCCUGAGAAGCGCAAGAUCCGAGAUGUCAAGAAAGUGGUUGCUGUUUCCUCGGCCAAGGGAGGGGUGGGCAAGUCGACUCUCGCGGUAAAUCUCGCCCUCUCCUUUGCUCGCCGCGGUAUCCGGACUGGAAUACUCGACACAGAUAUCUUUGGCCCAUCUAUCCCAACCCUCUUGAAUCUAUCAGGCGAACCUCGCCUAGACGAAAAUAACUGCCUCCUCCCACUAACAAACUACGGCCUCAAGUCCAUGUCAAUGGGUUACCUCCUCCCUCAAACACAAUCCGACAACCCAACCGCCGAAGCACCUAUGGACACAACUCCGAUCUCUUGGCGCGGGCUAAUGGUGACGAAAGCGAUGCACCAGCUGCUACAUUCCGUCUCGUGGGGCCCGCUUGAUGUCCUCGUUCUGGAUCUUCCACCAGGAACAGGCGACGUCCAGCUCACCAUCAACCAAGAAGUCAUCAUCGACGGGGCUGUGAUCGUAACGACGCCACAAGACAUCGCGCUGCGAGAUGCCGUGCGCGGGUUCGGCAUGUUCCAGCGCAUGGAUGUGCCCGUGCUCGGGAUGGUUCGGAAUAUGGCCUAUUUCGCGUGUCCGCAGUGCGGGCAUCAGACUCGAAUCUUUUCGCACGGUGAGCAUAGCGGUCAUGCGCAUGCAGAGGACCGUGGUGUGGUGGCCGAGUGCAGGCGGUUAGGUGUGGAUUUUCUCGGUGAUAUUCCGCUUGAUGCACAGGUGUGCGAAGAUGCAGAUCGUGGAAUGCCCACUGUUGUGGCGGAGGAGUCGGCCGAGCGUAGUGUGCGACGCCAGGCUUUUAUGGAUGUUGCGGAGCAGGUGGCCCGGAAGAUUGGUCUAGAAUGGCGCUGA